AUGGAGGAGGUGGUGGAGGAGGUGAUGGAGGAGGAGGUGGAGGAGGAGGUGGUGGAGGAGGUGGUGGAGGAGGUGAUGGAGGAGGUGGGUGAUGGGAGGAGGUGGUGGAGGAGGUGGUGGAGGAGGGAGGUGGUGGAGGAGGUGAUGGAGGAGGUGAUGGAGGAGGUGAUGGAGGAGGUGAUGGAGGAGGUGAUGGAGGAGGUGGUGGAGGAGGUGAUGGAGGAGGUGGUGGAGGAGGUGAUGGAGGAGGUGGUGGAGGAGGUGAUGGAGGAGGUGGUGGAGGAGGUGGUGGAGGAGGUGAUGGAGGAGGUGAUGGAGGAGGUGAUGGAGGAGGUGAUGGAGGAGGUGAUGGAGGAGGUGUGGGAGGAGGUGAUGGAGGAGGUGAUGGAGGAGGUGAUGGAGGAGGUGAUGGAGGAGGUGAUGGAGGAGGUGAGGGAGGAGGUGUGGAGGAGGUGA